GCCGCUUCACUCCCCGUAUGACCCAGAUCACCCCGCCGCAUCUCCGGGCCCCCAAAAAUGGUGCAAAGUGAACUUCAGCUACAGCCCGGAGCAGGCGGACGAACUGACCCUGGAAACUGGGGAGAUUGUGGAAAUGAUAAAGGAGAUUGAGGACGGCUGGUGGCUGGGGAAGAAGAACGGGCAGCUGGGAGCCUUCCCAUCCAACUUUGUGGAGUUGCUGGACAGUGGGCCCCCAAGCCUUGGAAACUCAGACAUGCCUUCCAUCUGCCCUGGUGCCCAGCGGCCUCCCAAGCUGAGCACCCUGGCCUAUGACAGUCCUCCAGACUACCUGCGGACAGUCUCCCACCCUGAGACCUACAGGGUCCUGUUUGACUACCAGCCCGAGGCGCCGGACGAGUUGGCGCUGCGCAGGGGGGACGAGGUGAAAGUACUGAGGAAGACCACCGAGGAUAAGGGGUGGUGGCUGGGAGAGUGCCAAGGCAGAAGAGGAGUUUUCCCAGACAACUUUGUGCUCCCACCGCCCCCCGUCAAGAAGCUAGGCCCACGCAAAGUGGCAUCUCGGGAAUCAGCUCCUGUUAAGGAACCGAAGAAGCUGGUGCCCAAGACAUUCCUGCCUAUGGUCAAGAAGCCAGUGACCAGCCCCCCUGGGCCCAGCAAAACCAAGCCCUUGUGGACCGCCAGCGGGGACAGUCAGAAGCGCCCUUCCCGAGCAUCCGGCACCAACGGCAGCUUCCUCGGUGGCGGUCCCAGCUGCCCUGGCAGGAAGCGAUCCAAGACCCAGCCUCCCCGGCAGCGCUCAGCAUCCAGUCAGGGGGAGGAGCGGAGCAGUCUGGCAAAGGCCCCUGCGAUGACUAGAACCCCCACACCGGACAAGACUGCCACCCCAGAGAAGACCCCAAGCCCAGAGAAGAUGCCAGCUCCUGACCAAGUCCCUGAGCCAGACAAGACCCUGCCCCCGGAGGACCAGGCCCCUGCCCCAGACAACCCCAGCCCAGAGAGGAUCCCGGUUGCUGACCGAGUCCCCAGUCCCCAGAAGACCCGGAUGCAGGAGGACCAGGCCCCUGCCCCAGACAACCCCAGCCCAGAGAGGAUCCCGGUUGCUGACCGAGUCCCCAGUCCCCAGAAGACCCGGAUGCAGGAGGACCAGGCCCCUGCCCCAGACAACCCCAGCCCAGAGAGGAUCCUGGCUGCUGACAAAGCCUCCAGCCCAGACAAGACCCUGCCUCAGGAAGAUCAGACCCCCACCCCAGAGGAGACUGGGACUCUGGGGGACCCCACCCCAGAACAGACCCCAGCCCUGGACGAGGCCUCUUCUCCAGAGGUGGUCUUUCCUGCAGAUGAUGCCCCUGCUACAGGAGUCCCACUUGAGCAGGAAGCCCCUGACCCGGUGGCCGCUCGGGGGGAUGAGGCCCCCACCCCGGAGCAGGUGCUUUCCGAGGUGGUCGUCUCGCCGGGAGCCCACCCUCAGAUACACCACUUCUCUCCCGAGGAAGCCCUGGGGGUCAAGAGCCUUGUGGCCAAGGAGCCCGAAUCCCAGGAGAUGGCCCACAUGCCAGACGAACCCUCACCCCCCGCCCAAUGCUCAGAGAGACCCCUGGGUAAAAGGGACGGCGACUCCUCGCGGGGGUCCGAGCCCCAGCCCCAGCCCGGGCCCAUGCCUGCCCCAGAGAAGGCCCGCCCCCCAGAAGAGGCCACAGCCUUGCUAGUGGAGACCACACUGGAGGAGGAGGUGCCCCCCAAAGAGCAGCUGGCUCCGCAGCGGCAGGAGGAAGAGGCAGCUCCUGCCCGCCAGCGCCCACAUCCUAGCCAGCAGACUCCAGACCCCCAAGAGACUCCCACCGUCCACCCCCCGGAGGGCUGGCGUGACAGAGGCGACCUGGUGACGCUGAAGGACGAGGUGCAGUCGCUACGGACGGCGCUGCAGCAGAUGGGGGCGCAGCUGGAGAGGAAAAUGACCGACAUCUGGGAGGAGCUCCAGAGCGAGAGGGAGAAGCGCCGCUGGCUGGAGGUUCAGAUGCUGCGGAGGAGCCAGAAGUCCCCGGCCCAGGGCUCCAGACACGCGCAGACGCAGACGCAGCCGCAGCCGCACUGAGGGCGGGGCUGGCUGGGCGGGCGAGCGGGCCGACCUGAGCGAGGGCCGGCUCGGGCCACCCACGUCCUUGCACACAACUUGGGGAAACGCAAGAAAGUAAAGUGCCUCGUACGUGC